CGGACCCCCGACCCGAGCCUGGGGUUUUCUUUGAAACUGCAUCUUAAUCCCUCACUUAUACUGUCACAGGAAAGACUGGAGUGGUGAAUGCAAACUAGAUAAUGCCCCUCUCCACUCAACCUGAAACUGGUGAUGAUCAGUAUGUUUUAGUCGCCAAUCUCGACAAUGUCAGAAACCUUUCAAAUAUCCUAAAAGCCAUUCAUUUUAAAGACCAUGCAACAUGUUUUGCAACUACAAAUGGAAUCAAGGUUACAGUGGAAAAUGCAAAGUGUCUGCAGGCAAAUGCCUUUAUUCAGGCAGGGAUUUUUCAAGAAUUUAUUGUACAGGAAGAGUCUGUGAUGUUUCGAAUCAAUUUGGCUGUUCUUUUAGACUGUUUGACCAUUUUUGGUACAAAUUCUUUGCCAGGUACUUCAACAGCACUUCGAAUGUGUUACCGUGGUUAUGGCUACCCCUUGACCCUAUUUCUAGAAGAAGGAGGUGUGGUAACUGUGUGUAAAAUUAACACUGAAGAACCUGAAGAGACACUAGAUUUUGAUUUCUGCAGUACAAAUGUGGUUAAUAAAAUUAUCCUGCAGUCAGAAGGGUUAAGAGAAGCAUUUGCUGAAUUAGAUAUGACCAGUGAGGUCCUGCAGAUCACCAUGUCUCCAGACAAGCCUUAUUUCAGAUUAUCCACCUUUGGCAAUGCAGGAAGUGCUCAUCUUGACUAUCCCAAAGACUCUGAUUUGAUGGAAGCAUUUCAUUGCAGCCAGACCCAGACAAACAGGUAUAAGAUCUCUUUGCUCAAACCAUCUACUAAGGCACUGGCUUUAUCUUGUAAAGUGUCUAUUCGGACAGAUAAUCGGGGAUUCCUUUCACUGCAGUAUAUGAUUAGGAAUGAAGAUGGACAGAUCUGUUUUGUGGAGUACUAUUGUUGCCCUGAUGAGGAUAUUACUGAAUCAGAACUAUAGCUCUAUGAUGUGGACUGUGCUUUUCAUUUAUGGACAUUCAGAAUGAUGAAAUAUUUAAUUAAAAAAAAUUGAAAGUUGCCAGAUUGAUAGCCCAGAAAAUGGACGCCCUGUUUAUCCACAGAAAGGAGCAGAAAAAGCAGCUACAAUGAAGCAUCUCCCCUAUUACUUUGCGAGUGUUUCUCACUCUUGACCUGAAUGGACCAUCUAUAAAAGUGAAAAGGUAGCUUAAUCCUUGGCCUCUGUGCUGAGGCUGAGAAGGGUGCUGUGAUGGUGGUGGUUUUGUGAUGUGCACACUUGUCCACUGCAAGCUUGUAAUGAUCACCAAACAGCCCCUUGAGUAUUCUGUCACUAUUGUCAGAAUAAUUGCAAACACAAGCAAUGCGGUAAAUCUGUGACAAUAACAGUAUGUUAAUCCACCAGUUUUUGGCCGUGGUUUGCUCUGAGCAUGGAUGAAGCAAUUACAGGUGGUGAAUGUCUGAGUGCUGGCUUGUGUUAGACAGUGGGUUGUUCAAAUGAUUUAAAAAAAAACCUUUUUGUGAGACUACAAGUGGAGAGUGAAAAUUGGAACUGACUUCUCAACAACAGAAAAUUUGUAAAUUUGCUCAUCCUCAGCUAGAUUCAAGCCUGCUGUAACUAUUGAAUUCCCUGGAAUUUCAUUGGUGAUGCCCAUUUUCCACAGCAGUGUGCUUGUGCUGUACUGGUAAGUUAGCAUAGAACCCAACGUAAAUCACUUUUAAGUACUUGGGCAGUGUCAUUUUGAUUUUAAC